AUGGUUGCAAGCGACAACGAGGAGGCAAAGCUGUAUCCUCAUGCUCCUUCCCUCCCCGAGUUGCGGUCCUCUCUGCCUUCGAUGCAUGCUCAACCCCCGCCUCCGUCCUUGAAUGACAAGCAAAGCACACAAGUGAACGACAAGCAAAUCGGGACACCUGUUUCGUCGGAGCUAUGCCAGGACAGGCUCCAGUUGGAUGCUCGUCCAUCCGUCACAGGACCGUCCCCUGCUUUGGAAUCUGUCCACCCUACAACUGAACAGUCGCCAGCCGCCGUACCGUCUGGAGCGGAUUUUACGAUCCAACUCCAGACUGAGUUGGUAGCUACCGCCAACGAACUCUACCGCAGGGACAUUGAGGGUCCCAGCGAAGAACGCGUAGGGAAGGCUCCUGAGCGUAUUUCAGUGGUGCCGCUACCGCCAUUUUCAAAGCGCUUCCCUAAGGCAAAUACACAAGAGUUGACAGAUGAGGAUUAUUGGUCUUCGUUUCCGCCGCACAUAAAAAUUUUUGUACGCAGUACUGCUCUUGGUCUCAUGCGAGGCUUGUUGACGCGCACAAAGGCGCAAAAAAUGUACAAUAUUGCACAGCAGAUGGUGCAGUCCGACGCCGUACUGAGGGGUGGAUUCAGCUCGACUGAAGCUACCACGAUAACCGCGAAGGUCAGCAGGGACGUUCCAGGGUACCCCCCAGGAGCGUACCCUUCGUUGCCUUUUGACCCAUCGAUAUUCUCCGAUCCCGAGUUCACGUUAUCGGUGGACAGAGCCACAGCUGCUCUGGGGGCUAUUCCGUCAUCACCUGGCCAAAUGCACCGUGGGCCUGUUGAGUUCGGCCCAGAAGAGUUUAUCGAGGAUGACUACAGCGAAGAUGCUGUCGACGGCGACAUUGAGGAUCAAGACCUCGAUGAGAACGAUUCGGAUUAUCCUGCAGAUCCAACAUCAAUUGCGCACGUCCCGCAUUUCCAUGGACCGCUGCCUGCGACAAUUGCGCAGGUAGUUCUGAGCUACGAAGAAACGAGUGGACCGCUAUCAACUGACUUCAGAACUAAGUUAUCAAUGCCUGCCAUACCAACGCCAGCAGGGCCUGUUGAGGAAUUGGUAUUUCAUAAGAAAAACAAGAAAGUUUCAUCUAUGAAAAUACCGGCGGUUAGCGCCGAAAGUACGGCGGUGCCGGGGCAGGGAGUUGGAGCGGCAGGCUCGGCACCGGGAUCGGCGCUGGAAAAGGGUAGUAGAGGUUCCGGUGGAGAAUUGAGGAAGCGCUCACUGCCUCUCACCGCCAACGCCAUGCCUGCAGCACGAGCAGCGACAAAAGAAAAUAUAUCUUCUAAUCCACCACCGAGUUCCCGUGCACAGGGAAAGCAGCCUAUGUCGUAUGCACCGCCGACAACGACAGGGACGACGACGACAACGACGACGACCCCCACAACAGCGACGGCCACUGUCAAUGGUCAACAACAAACUAGGACGGCUCGCGCGGCAUCAAAGGCACCGAUUACUGCUCAUGCCUACCAGUACAAUCAUUCUCAUCACCAUCCAUCGCCACCAUCAUCCAAUGCAUCCGUGCCACAGAAACAUCGUCCUCCGGCUGCCUCUGCUCCAGGUAAAUCUUCUCAGAACAACUCCAAGAUCUGGAGUACUAGCUCAACGGAGGAGCGUGAGCGGAUUAAAGAAUUCUGGCUUGGUCUGGGCGAGGAUGAGCGUCGCAAUUUAGUCAAGAUCGAGAAGGAUACAGUCCUCCGGAAGAUGAAAGAGCAGCAGAAACAUAGCUCGCUUGUCUUUGUGUAUCGUUCUUUCAUCCGUCUUGGACAUCUGGCGUGUAUCAUCGCUGGCUAUAGACAUGCGAUCGAGGAAGAGCUUGAGGUACUGUACGAUGCUUAUUACGAGGAGCUAGAACAGUACGCGAACUACCAGCAGCGCUAUGUGUCCUCUGGUGGCACCAUACCUCCUCCCCCUGGGCCAGGUCCGUUUCCCGGCAGCGUCGAACUCGAUAAGAACGGCGUUGUCAUCGGUCCUCUCCAAAACAACAAAGUCUCCCAUAACCCCCCACCACCCACUAGACCACCAGCCUUGACGAACGGCCGAAAACCUCCGAAACAUGAAAGUGAGUUUGACGACGAUGAGGGGGAUGAGGACGAAUAUGAAGAGGAGGAAGAGGAAGAAUAUGAAGAAGACGAGGAAGAGGAGGAGGAAGAGGAAGAUCAGGAAGAGGAUGAGGAAGAAGAAGUGAAACCACGAGAUCGACGUAAUCCCGCCGUUCGCGGAAGAAGGCCUGUGAAUAACACAAAGCCCAAUGGCCGCGACGGUCUGUUCAAUCUUGGGAGUAGCUUGACUGUAACUGGCCCAGGUAACAUUCUGACAGUUGCGGAUGAUCUCCUAAAGAAUGAUGGGCAGAAAUUCUUAGAGAUGAUGGAACAGCUCGCUGAGCGUCGAAUGCAGCGGGAGGAGGAAGCGGCCGCUGAUGUUGAAGACGAAAGUGAUGAAGAGGACGACGAGGAAGGUGACGAGGAUGACGAGGAUGAAGAUGAAGAGGAGGAGGACGAUGAUGACGAUGAUGAGGAGGUGAUGACCGAGGAGCAGAAGAUGGAGGAGGGCAAGCGGAUGUUCUCCAUUUUCGCUGCUCGAAUGUUUGAACAGCGUGUCCUCCAAGCCUUUCGUGAAAAAGUUGCCCAGGAGCGUCAAAUGCAGCUUCUACGUGAACUUGAGGACGAGGAUAAGCUAACAAAGGAGCGAGAGGCGAAGAAGCAAACCCAGAACCAGAAGAAGAAAGCCAAGAAAAUACUUCAAAAACAAGCCCGGGACGAAGAGCGGGCCGCCAAAGCUGCUGAGAAGGCUGCUGAGGAGGCCGCUUUGAAGGCUAAGCAGGCAGCUCAAGAGGAUGCGCAACGGAAGAAACGCGAAGAAGAACGUUCUCGUCGUGAAGCUGCUCGGAAGGCAGCAGAAGAGGAGAAACAACGCAAGGAGGAGGAGCGUCGUAAACGCGUUGCGGAGGAAAAGGAGCGCGAAGUCGAGCGGGAACGCAAGCGCAAGGAAAAGGAAGAGAAGGUAAAGCAGGAGCGCCGAGAGCGGGAGGAAAAGGAGCGCAAGGCCAAGGAGGAGAGGGAUGCCAAGGUGGCUGCUGAAAAGGCUGCUCGCGACGCAGCCCGAAAGGAGCAGCAAGAGAAGGAAGAACGCGAGAAGAAGCUUGCGAAAGAAAGGGAGGAAAAGGAGAAGGCGGAGAAGGAUCGACUUGCCCAGCAGCAGCGAGCUGGCAAGCAGACCCGUCCGCCAACUUCUCCUCGUCCCUCAAGCUCUACGCAACGCACUCAGAGCACCAACGGUUCUUCUAAGAAAAUUCUCAAUAAGCCCAUCCCUGUCACGCCCACCCCGUCUGGAAGUACGCCACGGCAGUCGCUGCAGCAGCCACAGCAGCAGCCACAGCGUCCUAUGCUGUCUUCUUCACAACCUGCAACACCUGUGGCACCCUCCAUGCAAAAUCAUUUCCCUACGCCCACCACACCUCAUUAUCCUGUCGCUCCUGGCAUGAUGCCUCCACCUCCCGGUCCGUUAUCCCCUCGUCUACCCUUUGCACCACCUCCACCUCCAUUCGGACUGUUCGGUCAAGGACCAUCGAUGCCACCGCCAGGACCUCCUCCCAACCUCGCUCCAUCUGCCCUUCCUCGCAAUUUCGGCUCGCCUACACCCUUCGACUCAGGCUUCAGCCGUCCUCUGGCUCCUACAACACCCAUUGGGCCGCCUUCGAAGGCUUCGCAGAACUCUCUUGCUUCACCAACCAUGCUAGCACCAGGGCCUACGAGGCGAACGUCUAUACCUGACCCUGGCCCUGUUGCACGACCGGUUUCUAUUGCUCCAAUAGCACCACCUGCACCUAUUGCACCUCCAGCACCCAUCGCUAGGCCAACGACAGGGGAGGCAUCUGGGUCAGGCUCAGGUUCCCCUAGUCAUCGUUCACCAAGUCCGAAGGGCAUCCUUGGAUCUUCUGCACUUGCAGCAGAUGAUGAUGAGGUCGUUCCUCCGCCAGGGCGGCGCAUCGUGCCGGGCGCAGUAGGCCAGUCGUGGGGUACCAAUUCUAGCCCACGGGCUGUUGUCGGAGAUAACCGGCCACCUUGGGGUCCGCCAGCGCCCCCAGGGUUUGGCUCGCCGCGUCCUCCAAUCGGACCUUCAUUGUGGGGCGGCGUGAGUCCGGCGUCUGAUUGGCAGGCACCAGGGUCAUUCUUUCCAAACUCUUUCGUGAACCAUAUUAACACAUCUCCGCCCCCUCAUACUGGUAACUGA